AUGGGAGGUCGUCGAAGUCAAGGUCUUCGACUUGAAGGUCGUCGAAGCCAAGGACGUCGAACUGGCGGUUGGCGAAGCCAAGGAGGCGAACUGGCGGUUGUCAAAGCCGAGGAUGUCAAAUUGGAGGUCGUUCAAGUCAAGGUCGUCAAAUCAGAGGUCGUCCAAUUGAAGGUUGUCAAAUUGGAGUUCGUCGGAGUCAAGCUCUUCGACUUGAAGGUCGUCGAAGUCAAGGUCGUCGAAUUCAAGGUCGUCCAACUCGAGGUCUUUGAAGUCAAGGUCGUCGAAGUCCACGUCGUCGAACUGAAGAUUGACAAAGUCAAGAUCUUCGAAGUCAUGGUCACCAAAGUCGAGGUCGUCGAGCUGAAGUUUGCCAAAGUCAAGGUCGUCAAAGUCAAGGUCGUCGAAGUCAUGGUUUCCAAAGUCGAGGUCGUCGAGCUGAAGUUUGGCAAAGUCAAGGUCGUUGAAGGCAAGGUAAAUCAAGCCGAGGUCGUCAGAAUGAAGGUCUUUGAAAUAAAGGUCGUCAAAGUCAAGCUCUUCGACUUGGAGGUCGUCAAAGUCGAGGUCGUCGAUUUGAAGGUCGUCGAACCCGAGGACGUCGAAUGA